AUGGAAGCUCUCCAAGGUCACAACAAUUACAAUCACACAUUCCCCACCGAUUUAAUCGAAAUCGGGACCUCCCUCUCCCAUCUCAUACUAAUGGGUGGCGCGGGUUCCAACACUCUCGAUUUCGUCUUCUCCUUCUGCAGCCACAACACAUCACCGCCGGCGGCGGCCAAAAUAGAGCCUCUCGGUUCCUCCGUCUACCUCCACCAGCGAGACCUCCUCCGAAAAUUCAGCGAGCAGAACAGACCCACCACUGAUUCAUCUUUCGGCUCUAAUUACUCGCUCCAGAGAUUCUCUCCAUUGCAUAGGAGUUGCCCGACGUUCGCUCCGGCGACGGCGAAGAAGCUGUACAGAGGAGUGAGGCAGAGGCACUGGGGGAAAUGGGUAGUAGAGAUUCGGCUCGCGCUGAACAGGAUGCGAGUCUGGCUCGGCACGUACGAGACCCCUAAAGCCGCCGCCUACGCUUACGAUCGCGCCGCCUACAAGCUCAGAGUUGGAGAGGAAGAAAACAGGAGGGAGGAAGGCGGCGUGGGAUGGAGGCGGAUUGAUUUGUCUUCGAUUAGGGUUUUAGUCAAAGGUGGGUAG